AUGAUUAAUGAUCGAUUUGUAUGUCCAAGUGAUCGUCAACUAGAACUUCGAUCAAAGAUAAAUUUCGGUUGGUCACAUCAUACUAAUAUUUUAUCAUUAAAUCGUCAAUUGAAUUUUAAUGUAUCAAAUAAUCUUAAUCAAAAAUCAUUAACUAAUCAAGAAAUUGAACAUAUUGAAAAUGUUCUUAAACGUAAUCAAUACAUUCAAUAUAUCGAACAAGAACGUAUUUGUAAAUUAAUUGAUCGUCUUGAUAAAAUGAAAGAAAAUGCAACUGGUAAUGGUUUAUCUCAAUGUUUGUUAUGUUCUAAUGAAAGAGGAAUAUUAUCUCGAUCAUUUUUUUCGUGUGCUAAUUGUCAAAAAUUAGUAUGUGAUAAUUGUUCAAUUCAAACACAUUUUAAUCAAAAUAUUGUAUCAUUAUGUAAUAUUUGUAGUGAAAAUUGUCAAGUUACUACUUUUUUAUUUUAUCUAAAUACUGCAUGGUUUUUUCGUUCUUUACCUGAACCUUCAAAUGUUACCUUUGAUAUUAAUUCCUCUUCAUCAUUUCUAUCAUCACAAUAUAUCAAAACAAGUGAUGCUCAAUCGAUAUCUGAUCAAUCAAGUUCAGAUGAUGAUUCGAUUACGGAUCGAUUUAAUAAAAAAAUUUUAAAUCAAUUUAAACAAUUAAAUGAUAAUCAAGAUGAAAUAAAUAAAAGUGAUGAUGAUGAUGAUAAAAGAAUUUAUUCAUUUAAAACUAAUAAACUAACUUCAAAAGAUUCAAUUGAUGAAUAUUUAUCAAAAUGUGAAUUAGGUAAAUCAUCAAAAGAUUCUCAUAUAAAAUUAUCACCAAUAAACGAAGAUUGUGGACUUAGAAGAUUAGAUUUUGAAAUUGUUUGGAAACAAUCUGAAUAUAAAUGA